GAGAACCCCCAGCGCCAUUCCCUCUCUGGCCUUACAUAUACCGGAGGAUUAGGGUUUCGGUCUGUAGGAAGUCAUCGAGGCAAUCAAGCUCCGAUUUGCAUUUCAUGGCGCUUGAAUGGGUAGUCCUAGGCUGCGCAGCCGGCGCAGAAGCAGUCAUGCUUCUCCUCCUCACGCUGCCUGGCCUCAACCGUCUCCGGCCUGUUCUUGUCACCGUAAUCCGGAACGCGCUGAAGCCGAUGCUCUCAGUGGUUCCGUUCUGUAUCUUCUUGUUAUUGGACAUAUAUUGGAAGUAUGAGGUGCGUCCGAUCUGCGAUAACGAGCAUGAGUGCACCCCAACGGAGUUCCUCCGGCAUCAGAAGUCGAUAAUGAAGAGCCAACGCAAUGCGAUUCUCAUUGCCUGCGCUUUGCUACUUAACUGGCUCCUCUUGGCUGUUACCAGACUCGUUGUUCAAAUCGACCAUUUCAGCCAGCAGAUUGAGAAGCUCAAGAGGCAGGAUUGAGCCGUAGAUCAGAGUAAGAAUAAGGGAUCAAGGAAUGAGGACUUCCGAUUGUUAACUUUUCCCAACUAUUUCCUGUAUGUGUUUUCUUUUCUUACUUAUGCUGAUUGAUGGAUUUGUGUAUCAAGGUUCUGAUUUGCCUUUAAAAUAACCUUGCUCCA